AUGCGGCUCUCCCCAUUUCUAGCCAUUGGCGCCGCCAUCUCCUUUGCGAGUGGAAUUGCGGUCGAGAAAGGCUCCCUCAGAGCCAACGGCGCCGUGGAUCCCAUUGCCAUCGACACUGCGACGCCGUGGAUUUCAUGGCGGCUUAGCUCGGAUAAGCGUGCCGACAACCAGACGGCCUACCAGAUUCAGGCCUCCUCAUCACGGUCCGACUUCGACACGCCCGAUCUGUGGGAUACGGGCAAGGUCGCGUCAAGCAACGCAUCCGCCACGUACGACGGUAAAGAUCUCACUUCGCGAUCUGCUGUUUACUGGCGCGUGAGGGUCUGGGAUGUCGAUGGGGUGGUAUCCAAGUGGAGCGAUGUUGCCGUCUUCGAGGUGUCUCUUCUUAGUAACUCGGACUGGAGAGCAUCAUGGAUCACGAACAAGAAGUUCUCGACUGGCGACACCUCCCUGCCGAUUUUCACCAAGCCCUUCAGAGUCACUUGCCCCGUGGCCAAGGCUCGCCUCUACCUGCUGGGUCUCGGCUUGCACGUUGCGCUGCUGAACGAAAAUCCCGUCGAUGAUUCUGUCUUGCAGCCUGGCUAUUCGACCGUGAACAAGACUCUUCUAUACUCGACGUACGAUGUCACAACCCAACUGCGAAAGGGGAAGAACCUUCUUCGAGUGGAGCUCGGCAAGGGUAUCUAUGAUGCAGAGAAGCCCCUGCUCGGCCGAUAUUCAAAGUUCAACUUGGCAGCUCCCGCACCUCUGAUGCUCAUUGCCCAGCUCGAGUACACCUGCGAGAAUGGGGACAUACAUGCUGUCUAUUCUGACGAGUCGUGGCUGACAACCGUAUCGGGCCCAUACUUCGAGACAUCGUGGUUCGGCGGCGAGGAAUACGAUGCCCGCAAGGAGCUCGCGGGUUGGGAUGGUGUCUGUGGACACAGGAAAGAAUGGACCAAGGCGACCAUCGCUACUCCGCCGACGGGGACUCUUGUGAGCCCUCGAGCUCCUCCGUUGAAGGUGGUGGAGGCGCUGAAGGCUGUUGCCGUCAAGCAGGUUGGCUCUGAGUGGGUUUUUGACUUGGGCAUCAAUUUUGUUGGAACUUUCAGCUUGGUCAUGAACGGUAAAGGGCGAGCUGGCACACGAAUUGUGUUCCGCCCAGGCGAGAACAUCACUGCCAAUGGCGGAAUAUCGCAGUCCACCACUGGAAGCCCCAUCUUCGACGCGUACACACUCUCCGAUGCCGAGACUCAGUCAUAUUCACCCAAGUUUCUGUACCACGGCUUCCGCUACCUGGGUGUCAACCUUACUUGGACACCCUCCCUUGAUGACAUGACCGGAUAUGUCAUCAGGGCCGCCAACGAGCCUGUGCUGUCUCUUCAUACGAGCAACGAGUUGUUCAAUUCGAUCCAUGCCAUCAUCGACCGGUCGAUCCAGGGGAACAUGUACUCCGUCCUCACUGACUCCCCCCACCGAGAAAAGUAUGGGUGGCUGGAGCAGAACCAAUUUGUCUUCCACCCGCUGGCCAUGGGAUAUGACCUGCAAGCUUAUGGCUACGACAUGAUACUCACAAUGGCAGAUGCCCAAGCUGCUGAUGUCCCGGGGUUGAUUCCAGAUAUCGCACCUGAAUUCGGGAACCCCAUGGGAGGCGGCUAUCGCAACGACCCCAAUUGGGGAUGUGCCAUGAUCAUUGUUCCGCUGCGGCUGUACCAAUACUAUGGCGACAUCAAAUACCUACAGUUCAAACACCAGUUCAUGGUGGAGUAUAUCGAGUAUUUGGUCAAUAGAGCUGGGGGGAAUCCCUACCUCAACGACGGCGGUCUCGGUGACUGGGAGGGCUUGGACACGACCACGCCAAAGGGUGUCACCUCGACAUUCGGCUACUACCAGGCCGUGAAAGCCAUGACGGAGGUCGAAGAGAUACUCGGAAACACCGAGCAGGCUGCGUACUACCGCAACCUCUCGUCAAGCCUACAGGCAGGCUUCCAUAGCAUGUGGUUCAACGACACUGGAUCCCCGCACUACUGCUCCAACUCCCAGGCCUGCAACGCCUUGGCCCUCGACCUCGGUGCGGUCCCGGAGAAGUACAGAGCCGACGUUCUGGGCAACCUCAUCAACUCUCUUGAAAGUCACAACUGGCACGUCACCGUCGGCGAGAUCGGCCUCCCCAGCGUCUUCAAGGUCCUCCGCGCCGCUGGCAGGGACGACAUCAUCUUCAAGCUGAUGAACACGGAGACGAGUCCAAGCUACGGCUACGAGGUCCGCAGCGGGGCGACAUCCCUCUGGGAGCACUGGGACGCCGACAAAACAGGUGGCAGCCUGAACCACUUCAUGUACGGGUACGGCGACACGUGGCUCUUGCAGCUCAGCGGCCUGGCGCAGAAGGAAGGGUCUGUGGGCUGGCGGGAGAUUGAGUACGAGCCCAUCGUCGUCGGCGACUUGACGUCGGCGAGCACCACCUACCGAACCCCGCUCGGCACCGCGUCGGCCAGCUGGACGGUCCGUGGAAACUCGAUAACGUACGAGAUCACCGUACCCGUCGGCGCCGUUGCAACCGUCAAUUUCCCCGCCGUCGCCGCCUCGGAGAACGCGAAGGGACUCAGUGUGGCUCAGAGCGGGAUCAUGUCGGUCGACGCGGGCAAUGAUAGGACGGUCAUAAGGGCCGGAUCGGGGAUGUAUUCGUUCAGUGGAACCUUGGCAGCAUAA